UAUGUCACACUGUAUUUUGACUUCAGUUGUGAUUUUAAUAUCAGUAAAAUUAUGAGAAAAGUGCAUGCUUUUGAAACCUAUUGGUAGUAGUAGUAGUGUGUCCAAGAAAAAUCCAGCCAUUAAUUCUGCUUUUAUGAUGCCAGCAAUAAACAUUCAAUUGAAUUUAUGCAUUUGUCAACAAAAACUGAGCAAUAUAAAUUUUGUAUGGCAAAGCUGUUGUCCUGCGUCGCAUUAGAUUGUACAGGUGUACCAAAUAAAAUGGUUGCUUAGUGUGUUUUUUGUAACAGUGAGUGUUCUUAACAAUAUUUAGAAUAUUACACAAAACAGUUUACAGCUGUAGUUCAAUUGUUUGCACAAAAAAUGGAAAAUCUUUUUUUGAAUUUCUUUGUAAUUUAAUCACAAGUUAUUCAUUUAAGUUGUAAAGUUUCUUUCCAAUACUCCUUUCACUUGCAGACAAUUAGAUUGUGUACUUUAUGAGCUUAUUGUCAGGUUAGGACCACAAGCAGAUUCAGCAUGUCCUCACAGUAAUCUGAUUAUGAAGGCACUGUGAAGCUUAGAGGCAUUGUGGAGGGUUAAUCAAUGAUGUGAGCAUGAGAUUACAGGAGUGUUGUUUGAAGCUGUGUAUUUCAGAUAUUAAGUUAUUUAGAAUUGUUUGUAAUCACAUAAUGAUAAUACAUUUUGUUAAGCGAAAUAUCAAAAUAAAAGGUUACGGAAAUUGAUUAUUAUUCUUGAAGGUAGUAUUGUUAAAUUUGGCCACCACUGUCCCAUUAUAGCUCAAACAACAGAAACAUGGAUUUGGAUGUGCCCAAACCUGAGGGGAAGACUGGCAGCAAAGCCCCCCUCAGAGCCACCGCUCCUGGAUCCCCACGCAAGGGCCCACCUAAGUUCAAACAGAGGAACACCCGCCAGUUCAAGAGCAAGCCUCCCAAGAGGGGCGUCAUUGGCUUUGGAGAGGAGAUCCCAGGGAUGGAGGGUCUUGGCACCGACAUCACUGUAAUCUGCCCAUGGGAAGCUUACAGCCACCUGGAGCUACAUGAACUGGCUCAGUAUGGUAUCAUCUGAGUCUCUUCACUGUGAAAUUAUUUUUAUAUUCACCAAAGGGAACGGAUGUAGAAAGUUUAGCAAAUAGAUUUCAUCCCCCCCAACAAUCUGGAUCAUCAGUACUGGCUUUGUUUGAAUGGUAACCACACACUAAAGAUGUAGUAUGUAAAAUAUAUGUCUGCACAUUGUGGAUUCUGUUCAUUGCCUAAUUUAUUUUUAUACUUUAAAUUUAUUUUCAUAAGACUCUCAAGCUGCCAUUUUAAUACCCAUAAUCCACUGAUGCUGAUCAAAGUUGCAGUGGGAGCUGUAACUGGAUCCUUGCUUGCUGGCUUUAAAUACAGGGUUUCUGCACAGCUGUCAGCAUCAUAUUUAUUAUGUUUAAUCAAACCCAGAAUAAAGCUUGGAAUUUUUUUAAACAAUUUCAA